AAGAAGAAGAAGAGAAUGGGGGCGGCGGCGGAGCCGGCGCCGGCGCCGGGGGAGGAGGUGGCGGCGGAGAUGGGCGGAGGCGGCGGAGGGGGGAGUUUGGAGAGGAUUCUGGUGUCGGUGCGGCUGCGGCCGCUCAACGCGAAGGAGAAGGAGAAGGGCGACGCCUCGGAUUGGGAGUGCAUCAACAACACCACCAUCAUCUUCAAGAACAGCCUCCCCGAUCGAUCCAUGCUCCCCGCCGCGUACACCUUCGAUAGAGUAUUUGGAUGCGAAUGCGCCACAAGGCAAGUUUACGAGGAAGGAGCAAAGGAAGUUGCCCUGUCGGUUGUCAGCGGAAUAAAUUCGAGCAUAUUUGCGUAUGGACAAACGAGUAGCGGAAAAACGUACACAAUGACUGGAAUAACGGAGUAUAGCGUAGCAGAUAUUUACGACUACAUACAAAAGCAUGCGGAGAGAGAAUUUAUUCUAAAAUUCUCAGCUAUGGAGAUAUACAACGAAGCCGUGAGGGAUCUUUUGAGUGCUGAUACCACUCCUCUCCGGCUUCUUGAUGAUCCAGAGAAAGGGACUGUUGUUGACAAACUCACAGAGGAAACUCUGAGGGACCAAGAUCAUCUCAGGGAGCUCCUUGCUGUUUGCGAAGCUCAAAGGCAAAAUGGAGAAACCUCCUUGAAUGAAAUGAGCUCCAGAUCUCAUCAAAUACUCAGAUUGACAAUUGAAAGUUCUGCUCGAGAAUUCUUGGGAAAAGAUAGCUCAAGUACCCUUGCGGCCUGUGUGAAUUUUGUUGAUCUAGCUGGAAGUGAGCGUGCUUCUCAGGCAUUAUCAGCUGGUGUGAGGCUAAAAGAAGGUUGCCAUAUUAAUCGAAGUUUGCUUACUCUUGGAACUGUUAUUCGCAAGCUAAGCAAGGGAAGAAACGGUCACAUCCCAUACCGAGAUUCGAAGCUGACACGGAUAUUACAGCCCUCGUUAGGAGGUAAUGCAAGAACAGCCAUAAUUUGCACAAUGAGCCCUGCAAGAAGUCAUAUCGAGCAAUCCAGGAACACUCUUCUAUUUGCAAGCUGUGCCAAAGAAGUAGCUACCAAUGCACAGGUUAAUGUAGUGAUGUCUGACAAGGCACUGGUAAAGCAUCUGCAAAGAGAACUCACUAGAUUAGAAAGUGAGUUGAAGUACCCUGGAUCUGCUUCUUGCACCAUUCACUCUGAGGCCUUGAGAGAGAGAGAUGCCCAAAUUAGAAAGAUGGAAAAAGAAAUGAAGGAGCUGAUGCAGCAAAGAGAUCUUGUUCAGUCUCGGCUGGAGGACUUGCUCCGGUCUGUUGGGGAUGAUCACGACCGCAAUUCAAGACGAUGGGAUGAACUUAGCCAAUCCUCGAUUUCCCAUGUACGAGACGCAUCUGAAGAUGCAUUCUCAACGUCCGAGACAUACGGCAUAGCCUACCAAGAUCAAGAUUUGGGCUCUGCAAUGUUCGAUCAUUUAAAUUCACGCAACAUCCACGAUGAACAUAACAUAGACCAUACAGAGAAUCCAAACAAGAAACAAGCGAACUCACCUACGCACUCAAUCAGCAGUUCUAGGGCUUCUGGUAAGAUUCUGUAUCAAAGACAAGAAGAUUGUGAAGACCAAUGCAAGGAAGUCCAGUGUAUUGAGAUAAACAAGUUGAGUAGGGGCAAAAGUGAAGAUUUUAACCUCUUAUUUGCUGACGAAAGCGACAGUCUGCUACCUCUUACUGAUGCAGACAAGCUUGAACAUCAUGAACAGAAGCAUUCCGUGGGCACAGAUUUGUCAAGUGAACAUGAAGAACAACAAUCCAAUACCGUAACAAAGAAUGUAGACAAUUUUGUCAAACCAACUCCUAAUGAAUCAUCUAUGGUGGAUGCAAAUGUUAGCAAGCCAAAGACUAUUGAAUCUCUGCAUAUGGAGAGCAAUAAUACGAAUUCCAAGGUGUUUGCUGUAACUAGAAGUAGAAGUUGCAGGGCAAGCUUGACGAUGACUUCUACUUGGUUCGAGGACUCAGAUCUCACUAACAAUAGGACACCACCUGAAAGUUAUUUUAGGGACUACUCAGGAAGGACUGAAGCUAUCCGGAGAAGUCUCUUUUCACCAAAUUAUAAUAAUCCAAAUGAUAGGUUCUUAUUAGAAGGAUCUCAGUCUUCUGAAAAAUUCAGCCAUGAUGAGAUGAUUAAGGCGGAGGAUAUAAGCACUAAUUCUGUUCAUUCAAAGAUAGACGCCAACUCUGAAGAAGGUGUUAGCAUUGUUGGUAGCUAUGUUGAAGGUCAAAAGGAGAUGAGCGAAAAUCAGUACCUGAAACAACUCCCUGAUGACCAGUAUUCACGCCGCACUACCCCCAGCGAGGACUUUGGAGUAGAGAUAACUGUGAAGGACGUUGGUGUGGACCCAGUGUUAAGCUCUUUGUCUGAAUCGCCAUCACGAUGUCUCAUGGAAUUCGAGAGAAAGCAGCAGGAGAUAAUUGACCUUUGGCAUGCGUGCAAUGUCUCCUUAGUCCACAGGACUUAUUUUUUUCUACUUUUCAAGGGAGACCCCUCAGACUCGAUAUACUUGGAAGUUGAGCACAGGAGGCUGUCCUUCUUGAGGAACUCCUUUUCAUCUGACCUCGCGAAACAAGCAGCAGAGGGCGAACUCAAUGGUGUUGUUGCAUCAAGCCUGAAAAAUCUUCGUCGUGAGAGGGAGAUGCUGUACAGGCAGAUGCUAAAGAAGUUGCCUGAAAAGGAAAGAGAGAGCCUUUACAACAAGUGGGGUGUUGCAUUGAACUCAAAACAAAGAAGAUUACAGUUGGCCCGCCGCGUAUGGACUAAAACCGACAUGGAGCAUGUGCGAGAAAGUGCUUCGCUUGUGGCCAGGCUUAUCGGUCUCUUAGAACCGGGGCAAGCCCUAAAGGAGAUGUUCGGAUUAAGCUUCACACUCGCACCGCAGUUAACUAACAGAAGAUCAUUGAGCUGGAAACCAGGGAUGUCUUUCACUUAAAAAUGAACGAAGAUUUGGAUAGUCACUAUUCUCCUUUGGCUUGACUAAUCGACUAUUUUUUAAAGUUCCCAGUGUUUGAUUUAUGUGAUUCUUUUGAGUGUGUCAUUGUUUUAUAGGGUGGGUGGCUUGUAAAUUCGAAGUGAUUAACCAAAUUAUACCAAUGUACUGUGUAUUGUGUGUUUGUAUGUGUACACUUGAAUGAAUAAAAAGCCAGCAUGGCUAUUUGUUGCUUUAGUAAAA